UUUACGUAUUUCCACUCCAGCGUGUUUAAACAGUGUAGAGUAUUAGUACGUGGCAGUGAAAGUUAAUGCUAUUGGAAAACGGAGCUGCAGGAUUGUGGAGAAUAAGCUUUUAAGAGGUUCUCCGUAUCAUUAAUAACAGAGUGUGCAUCAGACAGACAUGCGAUUUUUGGUGGUGACAGUUUGGUCUUUGUGCUGGCUCUGCUGCAAAAUACAGGCAGAUAUCUUCACAUCAAUUGGCCAGAUGACAGACUUGAUCUUUACAGAGAGGGAUUUGGUUCACUCCCUUAAGCAAUAUAUCCAAGCAGAGGAAUCCAAGCUUGAUGCAGUAAAAAGCUGGGCAAACAGGCUGGAUGUGCUAACUCUUGCAUCAACUACUGAUCCUGAAGGGUUUUUGGCUCAUCCAGUGAAUGCUUACAAGCUGAUGAAGAGACUUAACACAGAAUGGUCUGAGCUAGAAAGUCUGGUGCUAAAGGACUCUUCAGAGGGUUUCAUCUCAAACAUUUCUAUGCACAAAAAGUUUUUCCCAGAUGAGGAGGACCAAAAGGGUGCAGCCAAAGCUCUUAUGCGUCUCCAGGAUACAUAUCAACUAGACUCUGAGAGCUUCUCUAAAGGCAAACUGCCUGGUGUGCGUUACAAUGCUUUUUUGACUGUAGAUGACUGCUUUGACAUGGGAAAGACAGCGUACAACGAGAAUGACUACUACCAUGCAGUGCUGUGGAUGCAACAGGCGCUCCAACAGAUGGAGGCUGGUGAAGAUACCAAAACAUCCAAGUCAGACAUCCUGGACUACCUGAGUUACUCUGUCUAUCAGAUGGGAGAUGUUCCCCGAGCCAUCGAACUCACCCAACGUCUUGUCGCCAUUGAUCCCAGUCACCAGAGAGCAUUAGGAAAUUUGCGCUAUUUUGAGCAAAUUCUCUCGCGCGAGCUAAAGGACCUGGACCUCACCAAAAAGGAGCCCAAUGAAGAGACAUCCAUUCAGCGGGCAACCUAUGAGCGCCCAAAAGAUUAUUUACCUGAGAGAGAAAUCUAUGAGGCCUUGUGUAGAGGAGAAGGGGUCAGAAUGACUACUGAGCGAAGUAGCAGGCUAUUCUGUCGCUAUCAGGACGGGAACAGGAACCCACGUCUUCUGCUCAAGCCCAUGAAGGAGGAGGAUGAGUGGGACAGUCCACACAUUGUCCGCUAUCUGGACAUGCUUUCUGAUGAAGAGAUUGAGAAGAUCAAAGAGCUUGCCAAACCUAGGCUUGCGAGAGCAACUGUGCGAGAUCCAAAAACAGGUGUACUGACAACAGCACCUUACAGGGUGUCUAAGAGUGCAUGGUUGGAAGGAUAUGAAGAUCCAGUCAUUGCACGAGUCAAUCAGAGGAUAGAAGACAUUACUGGUCUAACAGUGGAUACUGCCGAACUUCUCCAGGUUGCUAACUAUGGAGUUGGAGGUCAAUAUGAACCACAUUAUGACUUCUCAAGGCGUCCUUUUGACAGCAACCUCAAGGUUGAUGGAAAUAGGCUUGCCACCUUUCUUAACUACAAAGAUGAGACCGAGGCUUUCAAAUCAUUAGGCACAGGAAAUCGUGUGGCUACUUUUUUAAAUUAUAUGAGUGAUGUGGAAGCUGGUGGUGCCACUGUGUUUCCAGAUUUUGGUGCUGCGAUCUGGCCAAGAAAGGGUACCUCAGUGUUUUGGUAUAAUCUCUUCAGGAGUGGAGAGGGAGAUUACCGAACAAGGCAUGCAGCCUGCCCAGUUUUAGUCGGUAGUAAAUGGGUUUCUAACAAGUGGCUCCAUGAGAGAGGUCAGGAGUUCAGGAGACCCUGUGGCCUCACAGAAGUGGACUGAUUCUGCCUGCUGAAAGUUAAACACUUCUUAAACAUUUAAACACUCAACUUUUCCUGCAGUGUCUGAACUGUGAUCACAAAAACAAUAAUUUAAUAUCAUACACCAAAUAUCAAAUAGCCAUGUUUUACACUGAAAAAUAUAUAUCAGGAACCUACCAAACUGGGAGUCAGAGCUAUAUUAACUGCAUCCACUUAAGAAAUUAUUUUUUGUCUUUCUCCUAACAUUGCUCUCUCUUGUUUGUUUUUUCUCUUCAGUAAUGCAUGCUAAUUUGCUACAAGAAGUUUGCUAGGUUCAGUUGUUUCACUUUGUCCUUUUGGGGAAAUGUACUGAGUUGCCAAAAUGGCAUAAUGCCUUGUUACUUAGACUGACAUUACUUAAAAAAGCUUAUUGAAUACUCUUGUUACUUUUUAAAUGGGCAAAGUUUUUUAUUUGAAAGUUUAUGUUUUGGAAUCUCAUGUCGAACAUGGUUUAUAUCCACACCUACUUUUAUGACUGAUAUGUGCAUAAUUAUUCAAAUAUAUAUAUCAGCCUCUUUAAGAGAUUGAUAUUUCAAUGUAUUUUUCAUUGUAUUGCACGUAUUCACCCCCUUGAUCUUUAAUGUAACACAAGUGCAUAAGUGCAAUAGCGCAUAAUAUUGAAGUAUAAAUAGCAAUAUUGAUUCUAAAACAAAAGGAUGCAUCCCUAAAUUAGUUCGACAACUAGUUACCAUUAACAGUUACAUUAAUUACUUUAAUGGAGUACACUUGUGUGCAAAGUGUCACGAGACCUCAAAAAAACACACCUGUUCCUGGGAAGUUUUGUCGAUAUCUGUAAAUCACAUUUGACUCAUAAAAUUACAAUUCUUACAAAUUAUUUAGUUUAAGGAAUUAUCAUUUUUCUUUAAAAACUGAUUUCUGAUUGCUCACAUUUAUUCAGAUCUAGAUUUCACAUCAAAGCUGCAUUCAUUUUCACCACCUUAAUGAUCACACAUGCCUCUGCAUACUGACUUCUUUUCCAUCCUUCUUGAUCCCACAAGGGGAAAUUAUGCUUUACAGUAGCAUAACACUGAUUUUAAGCAAGUACAGAUGUACUAAAAAUAAACUGAAUAUGAACUAAGGAUGUGUACAACAGUCAAAACAAGUAAUAAUGAAGAAAAGGGGUCAGAAAAUAAAACUGGUGUGCAGUUGACAAUGAAUAAUAUAAGCAACAUAUGUAUGACAAAUACAGAUGGUUCUGCAGGAGUGUGUUCAUCUUAUCCUACACUCCGUGUACUCUCACUGUUUUUGAACCACAGGCAAAAGUGUGUCCACCUUGUUAGUCAGUGAGUCUAUAGUCCUAUUGAUACGGUCCCUUUGAGUCUUUGCUGAUUUCAACAGAUCCCAUCUAAUUAUUUGCCAGAGUGCAUGGGAUAUCAUUUUGUUCCUAUUUAAAAUGCAUGUGUUCAGAGUCUCUGGGACUUUAAACAGUUACCUAGUUAGGGAUUUCUUUCUAGUAUUCAGUGCAGUAGCUGCUCUUACCUGCAUAAUACAUGAUACUUUCUUCCUAUGAUGGUCAUUAUGAAGUGCUUCGAAUUGGCCUACACUUGGCCAAACAUCAGGUAGGUUUGGGUGUUGUUGUGUGUUAGAUUUGGGCUAUUGAUUGUGUUAAAGCCUUUUAUGCCCCCACAUUUUUAGAGUACACAAAUUGGCAAUUGUCAUCUGUUCCAUUUAGUCUUUCCUGUUUUUCAAGCCAUGUUUUUAUCGACAUAGGUUAUUUUACUAUUUUUUUCUACCAGUAGCUAUAAAACCUAACAGGAUGGAGGGGGCUGGCUCAAGUCAGCUUGCCCUCAACUACAUUUUCCAUUCCCAUUCACCUGUACAAAUGACAAGCCCCUCUUUCAAGUAUAUUGUAAAAACCUC